AUUCAUAUAUAUUUAAAAAAGAAGAAGAAACUAUCCAUUACAAUUACAAAUAUCAAUAAAUCCGCGAAACGAAUUUUGAAUAUUGAAUUCUCCAAAGUUAAAUAUGUCUUUAAGUAGAUUCAGUCGUAUACUUACAUUUAGAAAUGUAUUAACCAAAAAUAACACAUUUAGAAAUAUUAAUUGCAACAAAGCUGCCAUUCGAGGCGAUCAACGUUGUUUAAGGCUAUUAAGUACACAAACUUCACCUAAUGAAGAAGAAAAUCAUUCAAUAAUCAAAAAUACAGAAAAGCCGACAGGGGAUAUUACAAAACAUGAAUUUAAAGCAGAAACGAAAAUGUUGCUUGAUAUAGUUGCGAAAUCAUUGUAUUCCGAGAAAGAAGUUUUUAUUAGAGAGUUAAUAUCAAACGCUAGUGACGCUUUAGAAAAAUUUAGAUACUUAGCAGUUUCAGGAAAUGAAACUGCUCAAAAUAUUAAAGAUAUAGAUAGAUCACUCGAAAUACACAUUUUAACAGACAAACAUAACAGAACCCUAACUAUACAGGAUACAGGAGUUGGUAUGUCCAAAGAAGAACUCGUAUCAAAUUUAGGAAUAAUAGCCAAAUCAGGAUCCAAAGCCUUCAUUGAACAAAUUAAAGAAAAAGCGGCAGUUGGGGAUAAUAAUAUUAUUGGUCAAUUUGGUGUUGGCUUUUACAGCUCUUUUAUGGUGGCUGAUAAAGUAGAAGUUUAUUCUAAAGCAGUUGGUGCAGAAACUGGCUAUAGAUGGGUCUCUGAAGGGACUGGUACAUACGAAAUUCAACCAGCAGAAGGUGUACAGAAUGGAACAAAAAUCAUAAUUCAUUUAAAAGCAGAUUGUCGAGAAUUUGCCGAUGAAGAUACUAUUAAAAACGUAAUAAACAAAUACAGCAACUUUGUGGGAAGUCCUUUAUACUUGAAUGGCAAAAAAACUAAUGUUGUCCAACCACUGUGGUUAGCAGAUCCCAAAAGUGUUACUUUUCAACAGCACAACGAUUUUUAUAGAUUCAUAAGUGGCAGUUAUGAUGUACCUAGAUACACUUUGCAUUAUAAAACUGAUGUUCCUAUAUCAAUUAGAGCAUUAUUAUAUUUUCCAGAAGGAAAACCAGGUUUAUUUGAAAUGUCAAGAGAAACUGAAUCUGGUGUAGCACUUUACACUAAGAAAAUACUAAUUAAAAACCGAACCGAUAAUAUUUUACCGAAAUGGUUACGAUUUGUUAAAGGCGUUGUAGAUUCAGAAGAUAUUCCUCUCAACUUGAGCAGAGAACUUUUACAAAACAGUGCACUCAUCACUAAACUUCGUGACGUCCUGACCGCAAGGGUGUUAAAAUUUUUACAAGAACAACUAAAAAAAAAUCAAGUAGAGUUUGAAAAAUUUUACAAAGACUAUGGUCUCUUUAUUAAAGAAGGAAUCAUCACAAAUUAUAAUCAAGCUGAAAAGGAAAAUGCUGCAAAUUUAUUAUUAUUUGAAUCGUCUCACGAAGAACCUAAUAAAAAAAUAACUUUGAAUGAUUAUUUAGCAAGGGCUGCAGAUAAAAGGACUAUAUAUUACUUAGCCGCCCCGAGCCGAACUUUAGCUGAAAGUUCUCCUUAUUAUGAAUCUCUUAAAACUAAGAAACAAGAAGUUUUAUUCUGUUACGAACCCUAUGAUGAAUUAGUAUUAAUGCAACUUCAACAGUUUAAAGGUUAUAAGCUUGUUUCUGUAGAAAAAGAUAUGAGAGAAGAUAAAAACGCUAGCGACCUCACAAAUUUAGGAGAUGACAGUUUGAAACGUAGCGAAAUAAAUGAUCUGUCCAAAUGGAUAAAAGAAAAAUUGGGCGAUAAAGUUACAGCUGUAAAUGGUACUACUCGCUUAGAAAAUCAUCCGUGUGUUGUAACAGUGGAAGAAAUGGCAGCUGCUAGACAUUUUAUCAGAACACAGAGCCACAAUAUCUCAGAAGAUAGACGAUAUGCUAUUUUACAACCCAGAUUAGAAGUCAAUCCCAAGCAUCCAAUUAUUAAAAAAAUGUAUAAAUUGAUGAGUAGCGAUCCAGUACUGGCUGAACUCCUUGCCAAACAGUUAUUUGCCAAUUCCAUGGUGGGAGCUGGACUAGUAGAUGAUCCUAGGACUUUACUUACUUCAAUGAACGAUCUUUUGGUCAAAGCCUUGGAGAAACAUUGAUAAUUUUUUUAUUAAAAUAAUCUGUUUUUCUCAUUCCAAUUUUCUUCCUACUAAUCUAAUUAUAUUUAGUGGGAUCACAUUUUCCAGUUUUAAUUUUUUGUUGAAUGAUAAUAAAAACGUUUAUUGAAGAAA